GCGCCAGUUUAUAAACAAAGUUCAAUUAACAUUCACUUUCCCCGGCGCUAAGCAAAGACUGACGUUAUAAGUAGUGGGGAUUAAAAGAAGUGACUACACAGUUUUCGAUGGGUGUUAUGUAAUUCUUGGAACGUUGACGUAUCAGACAAUUUCAUCUGUGUAAAACGAUCCAUUUAGAGAUUGCUGGAAAAUGGCCAACAACCGUUUGGAUAUAAUAGUAUUUGGUGCAACUGGAUUCACUGGACAAUAUGCAGUAAAAUAUGCAGCCCACUUCUGUAAAGAAUGGCAGUUGAAGUUUGGUAUUGCUGGUCGUAGGAAGGAAGCUUUAGAAGCUGUGCUUAAAGAGUUUGCUCCAGAUGCUGAGAAUGUACCCAUUAUCUUGGCUGAUGUUAAUGAUGAGACAUCUCUGAAGAAAAUGACAGAAAGUACAAAAGUACUUGUCAAUUGUUGCGGUCCAUAUAGAUUGUAUGGAGAACCAGUUGUCAAAACCUGCAUUGCUACUCACACUCAUCAUGUUGAUGUCUCUGGUGAACCAUGGUUUAUUGAGAGUAUGCAGUUGUUGUAUAAUAAGGCGGCACAAGAAGCUGGUGUUUACAUAGUAAGCGCUUGUGGCUACGAUAGUAUUCCAGUUGAUUUAGGAAUCAUUUUUGCACAAAGAAAAUUUGGAGGAGAAAUUAAUAGCGUUGAAACAUAUGUAGAAUUUAAAGGACCCAAGACAGGUCCUAUGAUUAAUUAUGGAACUUGGGAGUCUGCGGUGUAUGGUCUAGCCCAGUGGAAUGAACUAAGAGGGCUACGUGCAAAAUUAUACCCUAAAAAAUUACCCGAAUUUACACCGAAGUUGGAAAGCAGGGGUAUGAUGCACAAAAGUGAUAUUGUCAAAGGUUGGUCAACGCUGUUUUUAGGCAGUGAUCGUUCUGUAGCCAUGUGUACACAGCGAUUUUUGUAUGAAAAAUACAACGAAAGACCAGCUCAAGUUCGUACUUACUUAAGAUUGGAGUCCUUCUUUACUCUCAUGACAUUUUUUAUUGUUGGUAUGAUCUUUUGGUUAAUGGUUCGCACGUCGUUUACUCGUAAAUUACUGUUGAAAUAUCCGACUCUAUUUUCUGGUGGCGCCGUAGGACACGGGAAUAUGACACACAAAUCGGAGAGUGCACGAUCCUCUAUAACAUUUAGAGCCCUCGGAUGGAGCGAAAAAUUGGCCAAUCCUACCGACAAGCACACAGAUCCACCUAACAAGGAAUUGAUUACAAAAUUAAACGAUGUUGUUGAUCCAGCAUAUCGUGUAACUUGUACGACGUUGGUGUUAUCAGCGAUUAUGAUUCUUAAGGAGGCUGAUAAAAUGCCAGACAAUGGCGGUGUGCUUUCUCCUGGUGCUGCUUUCGGGAAAACGUCUCUGAUCGAGGAAAUGGACAAAAACGACAUUAAAUUCGAGGUGAUAAAGUGCAUCGAGAAAUAAAAAUAUCAGCUUUCUCGUAUAUAAUCGUCGGGAUUUUUCUACAAGAAAUUUUAUUAAUAAUUUACAAGGAAUUUUACUAAUAGGUUUUAUGUUUGGUUGUGAUAUUAACACUUGUAAUUCUUAUGAACGUAAUUCUUUUAUGGUAUAUUUUAUAUUUUUUGGAAAUGAUAAUUAGGACUUUAUAUUUGCACAAUAUUUAAACUAAAUAAUUUUCAUCGACCGUAAUCUGAGUCAUCUUUAUGUGGAUUUCUGAAAUCUAUCAGUUUUAGUUGUGUAUAAUGCAGCUUGCUUUUGGCUUUAUAACAAAAAUCGAAUACAACAAUACAAUAGCCAAAACUGAUAAAAAUUUAAGGAAUCCACAUAAAGAUGAUCUAUAUUAUGGUCAUUUAUAUUAUAAAAAUUAUUUAAAGUUAAAUGUUAAUUACUUUAUAUAUAAGAAAUGAGAAAAAGAUGUGAUUAUAUAGAGUGUGGAUGCAUACCAAAAUGUAUACCAAAGUGUAUACCAAGUGUAUACCAAAAUACCUCUUUUUAUCAAAGUUGUCUUCUUAUUUGAAAAGAAUUAUUAUUUUGUAUAACUGUAAAUUAAUAUUAGUACUUUUAAUUAAUAUUAGUACUUUGCAACAAACUUAUUAACAUAAACUACUACUACCAAAGUAAA